GUCGUGUACCUCACGAUGACCUUGGCGCAAAUACAAAUGCAAAGGAGUAUGUCUUCCAAGUUGGAAGAACAACAUGGCCCAAAUAAAGUCAGGAUUUUGCAAGGGAAUGACUACAUCUAUAUAUUUGGCUUCAACAUGUCAAGUCUUACAUCUGAUUGUAGACUCACUGUCUGUAUUAUUGGAAUUUUCGUGUUAUACAUAUGUUUUGGGGCGUUACAAGAAGCAAUUUUUACUGCCAAUGAUCUACGAUCGUACAGUCCAUUCCUUACGCUUUAUCAAUUUGGAAUCUACGCAGUUUUAUCAUUCUUUGAGUUACGUAUGCAAGGUUAUGUAAUAUUCAGUUCAUGGACUAAUCUUUAUGCUGUUAUAGCUCUACUGACAUUGGGUUCGAUCGCGUUUUCCAAUGCUUCAGUUGGAUAUCUAAAUUACCCAACUCAAGUUAUAUUUAAAUGUUGCAAAAUGAUACCUGUUUUGUUGGGUGGGGUUUUUAUACAAGGCAAAACGUACUCAGCCUUCGAAAUUAUAGCAGUUCUUAUGAUGACUUUGGGUUUAAUAUGUUUUACACUGGUUGAUGUAUCUAUACAGCCGAAGUUUACUUUGUUCGGAGUUUUUCUAGUCUCAUUAGCAUUAUGCUGUGAUGGAGGAUUGGGUAAUUUUCAAGAGGUUGUUAUGAAAAAGUAUUGCAGAUCGAAUACAGAAAUUAUGUUUUAUUCAUACUCUGUGGGAUUUUGUGUACUUUGUUGUGGUCUCGCGGUAACUGGAAAUUUCAUACCAGCAUUUCAUUUUUUCAAUGAACAUGCUGUAGAAACUUAUGGAUAUGGCUUCAUAUUUUCAUUAUCUGGUUAUUUCGGUGUACAAUUCGUCUUAUGCUUAGUUCAUUCUCAUGGAGCUUUAACUGCUGUUACAGUUACAACUUUCAGGAAAGCGGCUUCAAUCACCUUGUCGUUUCUAAUGUUUGCAAAACCAUUUUCUCAAGGAUAUAUCUGGUCGGGUCUGUUAGUUGUCGCCGGAUUAUACUUGAAUUUGUACAAUAAGAAUCGUAAAUCUUGGAAUAAUGCAAUUAUCAAUGGAUUGAAAGUUUGUGGUCUACUGAAAUCUGAUAACAAGUUAAUUGUACCUGUAUAAUGGUAUUAGUAAGUCAGAAUGCAUUGAUCACUAGGACUGGUUUGACACGCAUUCACCUACACAUAUCAACAGUAAAGUGAAACAAAUUGAUGCCUAUUUCUUUAUUGAAUUGACCUCUUCAAUACUGUAAAUCUCUGCUUAUUUGUAGUCGAAAUAUUGCGUUGUUCGACAUUGUCACCUUUCACUGUACAAAAAUAUUCUAAACACUCUCUCUAUAUGUGUACACAUUUCCUUCUGUACAAUAUACGCAAAUCCUUUUAUACAAAUAUUUUCAUUUGUUUUAAACUUUAGUAUUCUAACCGACUGUGAUUGCUGACAAUUUGUCAUAAUACACUUUAAGUUUUCUUUGAGCACAUAUGUAUACAUAUAUACAUAUACUGUAUAAUAUAACAGAGUAAAAAUGCGGUUUGUUCUGAGAAAACGAGAGUAUGUUAUCCAACAUUUAUCGAUCUCUACUAACAAUCUAUUGAUUAGAAUUGACCUAUAAUGAUGCGAGAAUAAAUAACAUGAUUGUACCGUAAUGAAGAAAGGAAGAGGCGGUUGUUAUUUAUUUACAGACAUUAGAAUAUGUGUGAUUUAUGCUUGUAAAUAGUACAAUAGAGUGUAUAAUGAUUAUUACUACUAUUACUACUACUAUUAUCAUUAUUACCACUCUUCGUUUGCAUAACAAAUAAAAAAUGUCAGUUGGAGUUUGGUUAUUCUACAAUGAUCACUAUUCCAACACACACACACACAAUUACAUUUUACAGAGUUGAUAAUUUGAGUAGAGUACAGUUUUUAAAAGCUUAUUGAUGUGCUCAUAUAUUUAUAAUUAGUUGAAUUAUUUGCAGAAAUAUAAAAUCUUUGCG